AUGGGAAAUGAUGAGUGGGAUAAGGAAGAAAACAUGCGAGAAGGUCUAGGCAUCACUGUGAUUCACCAUACUAAGGGAUCACUGCUGAUUCUGGAGAUUAAGAUCUCAGAAGAGGGGAAGAGGAAACAGUGGAAACUUGUCGAGAAGAGUUUGAUAGUUAAGCUGCUUAGUUGGAAAUUGAGCUUGCAUUCAAUGGAGCCAAAACUAGAGGAAGACUAUCAUAGGGCAAGAAGGGAGGGACCUUGGUUGAUCGCUGACCAUUAUUUGACUGUGAGGGAAUGGAAAGUGAACUUCAAUCCAAUGACCGAAGUGUUGGAGGAUGUUUUGGUUUGGGUCUAUUUGUCGGAUUUGCCACUCAAGUGUUAUGAGGAAGAGGUGUUGCAGAUUAUUGGGGAUCAGAUUGGUAAGACGGUAAAGGUGGACACCACCACAUCUUUCGAAUCUAGAGGCAAGUUUGCAAGGUUAAGAGUUCAGGUGGAUUUGAUGACGCCUCUUCUGCCACAUUUUAUUAUGGAAGGAAAUGAGUUUAAGGUUGAAUAUGAAGGGCUGUAUCUGUUAUGCUUUCAUUGUGGUAGGUAUGGGCAUAUGGAAAGAGAUUGUAAGGAAAAAAGUAGAGGACAUGAAGAAAAAGAGUGGGAAGGCAAAGGGAAAUAUGGAGGAAAUAAGAGGAGCGACUUCAUGGGUCCUAGUCAGAAACAAAGGGGAGGUAGAAGGUUUGGGAGUGGAAAUAAGGCUAUAGAAGGUGAAAUGGAGCUAGAAGACCAGCUGGCUCUUGUUUCAACGGGUUAG